UUUUUUUUUUUAAUUUUGUGGUAAGGACUCGGAGGCCGGAGCGCCGCCGCCCAUAGGGAACAGGCAAUAAGCAAUAAACCCGUCUCAAAACCCUUCAGCAUCGCCUUUGAUGGAUUGAUCGAGAGGAGGGGUUACUUCAGCGAGCGCUGCUGCAGGGUUCCGACGGUCCGAUUUUUGCCAGCGUUUUGUCCAAUCAUUUCAGUCGAUCGGUCUUUCUCGCCGUCUGUUGAUAUUUUUGAUUCGGGGGGGUUAGGAGGAUUAGGAUUCGAGAUCUGCUUGGUUCUUGCCGCACUAAUCUUAGCCCUCGUCGUGGGUGUCAAUAGUUUCUUCUACGUCCGGUCGAGCCAUCGGUGGUGUCACCGCCCCGCCUCGCCUGCCCCGUUCCUCUCGUCUUUGUGGUGAAGAAGAAACAGUGUGAAAGAAAAGAAAUUUGAAAAGAAAGUUGAGAGAUGGCCGCUGCUGCAGCUCAACCCUUUAAAGGAAAUUUGAAGAAAGCACUUGCUGGCCUGAGAAGAAUCAAUUUAGAGGGCCUGCGUUGGCGGGUAUUUGAUGCGAAAGGCCAGGUACUUGGGAGACUUGCAUCACAAAUAGCAACUGUGGUCCAAGGAAAGGAUAAACCAACAUAUGCACCAAACCGUGAUGAUGGAGAUAUGUGUGUUGUGCUUAAUGCAAAUGAUGUCUGCGUCACAGGGAGAAAAAUGACUGAUAAAUUUUAUCACUGGCAUACUGGGUAUGUUGGCCACUUGAAGGAAAGAAGUUUGAAGGACCAGAUGGCAAAGGAUCCAACUGAAGUAAUUCGCAAAGCUGUCUUACGCAUGCUUCCUCGAAAUAAAUUGCGUGAUGACCGAGAUCGCAAACUAAGGAUAUUUCCAGGUAGUGAGCAUCCCUUUGGGGAUCGUCCUCUGGAGCCAUAUGUGAUGCCCCCUCGGAAGGUACGUGAGAUGCGACCCCGUGCAAGGCGUGCACUUAUACGAGCUCAGAAGAAGACGGAGCAGAAAAACACAAACACCAAGACAGAAAAGGAAGACAAAGGCCAGAUCAGCACAUGAUAUGUCCAGUUCUCUGUUAAGGAUUUUGGAUCUUCCAUGUGUUAAGAAGAAACUAAUCAUAGUACUUGGAUCUGAGUCCUGCAGUCAGGAAUCUACAUUUCAUAAACGGUUGGGUUAUGCUACUGAAGAUCAAUCAUAUGCUCAUUAAGCAUAGUGCAGUUGAGAUUUUGUUAGCAGUAUGAUAUACCUGGAUAGAAUGUGACUGGUGCAUUCUUUUCGGUUGAUUUGGUAUGGAAAUGUAAUUUUUCUAAGCCAAACAUCCUCGUGACUUCCUCUGUUGUCUUAUUUUAAACUCAGGAAUCAAAUACUGAUCAAAGAAAGCCAAUAAUGAUCCUGCUGCGAUGAUCCUCCACAUAUUCUAA